AGUCGACUAGUUCUUGGAGUGACCACAGAUCAGGAUGCGGUUCAUCGGUUGUGCUUUCUUGGCUUUCUGCUGCCUGGUGGCUUUUCCCACUGUCACGCCCACUCUGUUGGCUCCCAUUCGGCCAUAUGCUCAGAAUGGAACCCUCGCUGUGCAGAACAACUUUGCCUUGGAGCUGAAGGCAGUGAUCCGGCAGAUACCGGUCGACAUCAUCGAGAAGCUGGUGCAGAAGUACCUCCUCAACGACAUCGAGUUCCAGGGCCUGAUCAGGGCCAUCAACUCCCUGCCCGCCUAUCGAUUCUAUCGGCAGUUGGUCAACCAGCCCGAGGUGCGACUACUGCAGCAGUGGAUCACGCAGCAGCUGAUCCUCUCGGGUGGUGGACCCAAGAUCUUCGAUUCCCUGGAACUGGAGAUCAAGAUCUUCAACAAGUAUCCCUACUGGUCGCAGAUCGUGAGUGGCAUCCAGGGCUUCCAGACCGAGUUCGUGCAGAUCUACCCAGUGCAACUGAUUCGAUCCCUUCUGGAACCCAGUGCCACCCAAGCCAGUCCUCAGCUGUCGGAGCUCUGGCGUCGCCUGGUGGCCUUGCGCCCAGUUUACGACCGGGUUUUGGCCACUCCGCCCGGCAAGGUCAUCACCGCUGAGCUCCAGAGGCUGGGCGUGGAUGUGGGUGGUGUGGAUGCCCUCAUCCGGUACCAGUUCGGUUGGAGCAACGCCACCUUUCCCAGCUACGAUUACACGGAUUACCUGUACUAGAGAUUCCACAUGGAACUGGGUACGAAGGUUGUGCACCUUGUGGACGAACAAUAAUUACCUUUCAAGUAUUAACAGCGUUGCUUCUAUAAGUUACUAAUGUUUAAAAUGAGUAGAUUCUUUAUAUUUAUUGUAAUUGGUGGCAGUUCUGGUCAAAAAUAUUUAGCCUUACUUAGCAACUGUAUAUCUAUUUAAAAUACAUGCCUGAUUGAGAACAUAA